AUUAGCAAUAAACAACACAUAAAACUUUAAUUUAAAUAACACACGCCCGCCCCUCUCCUUCUUCGUUCGGAAGUUUCUAUAAUCUGUUACAACUUAGCACCAUGAAUCCAGAUUCCGAUCAUCACCUCCUCACCGCCGCCACUCGCACCCCAACCGCCGGCGCCGGCCGUAAAAUCGGAGUCGCCGUCGACCUCUCUGAAGAAAGCUCCUUUGCCGUUCGCUGGGCCGUGGAUCACUACAUCCGUCCGGGAGACGCCGUCGUCAUCCUCCACGUCUCUCCCACCUCCGUCCUCUUCGGCGCCGACUGGGGCCCCCUCCCGCCCCAGGCUGAGAAGCCGAGCCAGGAGGAUUUCGACGCGUUCACGGCCUCCAAGGUGUCCUACCUCGCGAGGCCGUUGAAGGAGGCCGGGUUCCCUCUCAAGACUCAUAUCGUGAAGGACCACGAUAUGAGGGAGAGGCUGAGUUUGGAGAUCGAGAGGCUCGGUCUCAGCGCUGUGAUCAUGGGGAGCAGAGGGUUUGGUGCUGAGACGAGGGGCAGUGAUGGGAAGCUGGGGUCCGUUAGUGAUUAUUGUGUUCAUCACUGUGUUUGUCCUGUUGUGGUUGUUAGAUAUCCUCAUGAUCGUCCUGCUGUUCCUGGAGGUACUAAGGAAGCUAUUGUUACUGUUAAAUCAGGGAGGGAUGUUGAUGAUGAUGAUGAGGAGGAUGAUCAUGACCACAUCAAAAGAUGAGUAAUGCACCUUGGGAUCUAAUUGGAUUCACCCUCUUCACAGCCAGGUACAACGGAUGGAUGGAAACAAAGGGUUUCAGCGGAUUUGUGCGGAGGAGUGUGUUUGUGUGUGUGCUUUGUGCUAUCUUUUGCAACCAUGAAGUAGUCUCCGGAAUCUCCUCUGGAUUUAUUAUUCUCAGUCUUCUUUUUUUUUUAAUGAUUCAUCAUGUAUGGUUUCCACAUUUAAAACAAUGAAAGAGUUGAUACGAACACAAAAUCCCUUUUGGGAUUAUGAUCUUCAUUCAUCAAAUCUGAUUGAUGCUGAUUCCUAUAUAUCAUUCUGAUAGAUUCUUGAAAUCCAUAUGAAACUC